CCCACCAACUCCUCCUUUUGACUUACUGUUUUCUCACAUCGAAGCCUUUUUUCUCAGAUUGUGAGGAGGCAUGGCCGCAUGGGAUUUAAGCGCUCCACUUAUGUCGUAUUUGUAUGGUUGUGUUGAAAGUGACUGGUAACUGUGCAUUCAUCAAUAAAUUUGUCAUUAUUACAUCCUCACAGUUUGAUAUGCUUUACAAACACACAGUUGAUGUUUGCUGUGAUCUGCGGUAUUUGAUGCUUCUUUUUAUACGACAAAGAAGUCAAGCUUUUGGGGAUUUCCAGGCUAUAUUUUAAGUGAUAAAUGCCAAAUCUCAUGAUCACAAGAUGUGUGACUCACCAGUUAUGCGAUCUGCCUUUAGCUUAAAUAGUUCAAUCUCCAAUUUUCCGGUUCUGAAGCGAGUUACUACAAGUCAGACUCUCAAUUAGAUGUCGUUGAUGAAUCUCGCAGAUAAUUCAUCCUUAGAGGUGUGGGACUGUAUUGAAGAUGCUCAAAGUCUUGGAUCAUGUGCUAAAAACAGAGAUUCUUACCCAUACAGACUUCAGCUUGAGAAGGAUGUACAAAGGUUACAACAGAAGCUGCAUGAAGAGAUGGAACUCCAUAUUUUUCUGGAUAAUGCUAUUAAGAAAAAUGCUGUGAAGCUAUCCAGUUCAUCAUGCCUCCCACACCAUGCUCGGGAGCUUCUGUCUAAUAUCGCAGUGCUGGAGAUUUCAGUUUCAAAACUUGAACAAGAGAUGGUCUCUUUACAUUUCCAGCUUAGUCAAGAAAGAAAUGAACGAAGGCUUUCUGAAUACCGUUUAAGGCAUUCAUCUGCUUUAGCAUUGACUAACUGCUCCCCUGACAGUACAGAAUCACUGCAUUUAAACCCUGAACUGAAUCAUCGCCUAGAAGGUAACUCAUACCGAGAGCAGGGAGACCAACCAUCAGAACCUAAUUGUGAAUUGCGUUGUACAGAGUCGAUAAUGGAGGAUGCAGAUGAUUCAGAUGUGCAUUUCCAUGAGAAGAAAACAUCUACAAAGACAGAUUCCAAACCAAGUCAGUUUGUGGAGUUCAGGAGGCUUCCUACUGGAAUACCUCCUAAAGGCCUGUGGGAUAACCCUAAUAAACUAUCAGAAGAAAUGGUGCGAUGUAUGAAAAAUGUAUUUAUGUCUCUGGCUGAUUCAGCCAUACCAUCCAAAUCUUCUGCAUCAGAGAGCCACUGCUCCCCUGUGUCACCACGUGGACAUCUUUCCAGUUCAUCAUGGUGGUCAUCGUCUGAACGCUCAAUGAUUUCAUCAUGGGUGCAGAGUCCACAAAUUGAUAUACAGAGUAAUGCUGGAAUUUUGACCUCAGAGAGUACUUUUGAUCCCUACAAAGUGCGUGGCAAGUUAAGCUGGGUAGACAUUGGAAACUAUGGAUUAGCAACUGAAGUAUCAUGGAUGUCAGUUGGUAAGAAGCAAUUAGAAUAUGCUUCAGGGGCUCUAAAGAGGUUCAGAACACUUGUUGAGCAAUUGGCCAAAGUGAACCCUAUCCACUUAAAUUCCAAUGAGAAGCUUGCAUUCUGGAUCAAUCUAUAUAAUGCAUUGAUCAUGCAUGCUUACUUGGCGUAUGGAGUCCCUAGAAGUGACUUGAAGCUCUUCUCUUUGAUGCAAAAGGCAGCAUACACUGUUGGUGGACAUUCUUAUAGUGCAGCAGCUAUUGAAUAUGUAAUUCUGAAGAUGAAACCACCCCUACAUAGGCCUCAAAUUGCUUUGCUCCUUGCCAUUCACAAGUUGAAGGUAUCAGACGAGCAAAAGAAGUGUGCAAUGGAUGUGUAUGAACCACUUGUAGCUUUUGCUCUAAGCUGCGGAAUGUACUCAUCACCUGCGGUGAGGAUCUACACUGCGAAGAAUGUAACGGAGGAGCUUCAAGAGGCUCAGCAUGAUUUCAUUCGUGCUUCGGUUGGGGUUAGCAGCAAAGGGAAGUUGUUGGUUCCAAAAAUGCUGCACUGUUUUGCCAAAGGUUUGGUGGAUGAUGCGAAUUUGGCUGUAUGGAUAUCUCAUUACCUUCCACCAAAUCAGGCUGCCUUUGUUGAGCAAUGCAUAUCACAGAGGCGGCAAAGCCUUCUAGGGUCUCGCAAUUGUGGCAUUCUUCCCUUUGAUUCACGCUUCCGUUACUUAUUUCUUCCGCGAAGAAUUUAACUUUGAUGAUGCUUCUUCAUACUAACUUAACAUCCUUAAAUCACCUUGCUGGCCCUGCAAGAUGCUUCAGAAUUAGGUUGUUAUUGACUCCAAUGUGAAACUUGGCCACCUUGAAAAUGACAAAGGUGGUGGCAGUUUUGUUCUUUUCCCUUACAGACUCAAACUGGUUGCAUUGCAUCCUUGUUGGAUGUUGUACAUUUUGUUUAUUGGUAGCUAGCAGAAGUAAAUAACACCUUUGUGCAAACUAUUGUGUAUUUGCAUUUUUCAGCAAAUAAUGUUGAAUAAAGUUAUUGUUUUACUUUUGAUGGAA